AUGUUGAAAAAUCCAAAUUGGGUGUACGGUAGUAAUGAUAUUUUUGUGCCAGCAAGAUUGAACUUUGGUGAAUUUAUAAUACAGAAGCUAUGGGCACAUAGAGAUAAAAUCUGCUUCAUAAACGGCGCAAACGGAGAGACCCUUAAAUACGGUGAGAUUGCACAAAAUGCAAUGAAUGUUGCUGUUUCACUCCAUCGCAUUGGUGUUAGAAAGAGAGAGGCAAUCGCCAUUUGUUCGGAGAACAGAAGAGAAUUCUUUCCUAGUGUUAUUGGGGCUGUAUGUGCUGGAGCUGUGAUCUCUACUGUAAACGUUGGUUAUACACCAGGGGAAUUAAAACACGUUUUGAACAUAACAAAGCCUUCUUACAUCUUCUGUUCACCAAUUGCAUACAAGAACUACAAAAAAACACUGAAAUAUCUUCAAUUUUUAAAGAAAACCAUUAUAUUCGGAGAUGAAAAACCAGAAUCGCAAAACGUUAUUAUGUACAACGACAUAGCUUUAUCAAAUAACGGAAUAUUAAAAGAGAACGUUCAAUUUGAAGACUUUAGACCAGUCGAAGUGAGAGGCGAUGAUCCGUUAUUUGUUUUAUAUUCUUCUGGUACUACGGGAAUGCCUAAGGGGGUGAUAUUGAGUCAUCUUAAUCUUUUAACCGCGUGUUGUUUACCAGUCGCUCAAGACCCCAGCGUGAUUACCUUAACAGUAAACCCAUGGCACCACGCAUUUGGUCUGUUUGGAAACUUCUGCGCCUUCACGACAGGACGUACUGCAGUGUACCUGUCCAAGUUUGACAUGCAGAUGUACUUAAUGUGCAUUGAGAAGUACAAGGUAGCCCAAUUAACAGUGGUACCACCAAUACUAGUAGCUUUAUGUAAAGUGGACAUUAAGUACGAUAUUAGCACCGUACGAUUGAUCAAUUCUGGCGCUGCACCCUUGCAUAAGGAUACUUUAGAAGUUCUGAAAACCAAGUUGCCUAACGCUCAAGUGCUUCAAGGCUACGGUAUGACAGAGGUUACUCUAGGCGUAACAAGGGACACAUUAGCGACGGCUCACUUAGCUAAGCCCGGAGGUGUGGGGUUCAUUUGCGGUGGAACCAUCAUUAAGAUAGUCGAUAUAGAAACAAGAAAAACUCUAGGUCCAAACCAGAGAGGUGAACUCUGUAUCCGAGGUCCAUUGGUUAUGAAAGGAUAUAUCGGCAAGGAUUCAAAAGACGACUUUGACAGUGAGGGGUUCUUCAAAACUGGUGACAUCGGAUAUUAUGAUGAUGAUAAAUAUUUCUUUAUAGUUGAUCGCUUAAAGGAGUUAAUAAAAUACAAGGCGUAUCAGGUAGCUCCAGCAGAAAUAGAAGCACUGCUCCUCCAGCACCCAGGUGUAAAAGACGUAGGAGUCAUCGGCAUAGAGAAUAAGGAAGCGGGUGAGGUACCACUCGCCUUUGUGGUUAAACAAACUGAUACUGACGUAACUGAAGAUGAUGUCAAGAAGUUCGUUGCUGAGAGGUUAUCAAAUCCAAAACACCUCCGUGGCGGGGUGCGCUUCGUGGAUCAAAUUCCCAAGAAUCCGAGCGGCAAAAUAUUGAGAAAAACUUUGCGGGCUGUGGCUAAGAGCGGGAAGAGUAAAUUGUGAAUAAAAAUAAUCUAUGUACGGUUAUGAUCCUUAUCCUUUUCCCCACUGCCCACUUCUAUUAUAAUGCGGCGUCAGCGUCGACCUUACAAUUUGCUCGUCAUUUUUCGUAAGGUGCGAUGAUUUGUGGUUAUGUUAAGUACGUACAUUUCGAUGAUUAAUAUAACUGAGUUGUGACUUAAUUAUGUUAAUUGGUGUAUUCUUAGUUAGUGAUU